AUGUUUCUCAGAGCCUUCCAGCACGUCGCUCCCCGCAUUUCAGCUCGUACGUUUACCACCACGCGUGUUUCUGCCAAUGUUAUCCAGGACCUUUACCUGCGCGAGCUAAAGAGUGCUAAAUUGCAACCUAUCACAGCCAAGGACGCAGAGGGCAGCGUCAAGCCUUGGGCUGCGCCCAAGGCUCCCUCUGCACCUGCGGUUGAGGCUCAGGGUGCUGAUGCGCUACAAGCGUACGCGCAAGAGGACGUCGAAGUCGCGCAACCCAAGCAGGAAUCCAGCACCGACGCGGCUGAACAAGACUGGCUCGUGCUAGAGGAAGCCGAGGACGACCACCAGGGCCACCAUUGA